CCAAUCGCCUGGCCACUACCUUUCCCCCCGUGGUCCGCGCACCAGCGGUGCCCUCCUUUAAUUGCACCACUUCUGCCAUCACCACAAGCUUCAUAUGCCACCCUGGCUGUGACGCUUCAGGGGCAUUUACAACCUGAGCUCUCGCGAGUCGCCAGUCCUGCAGCUCAUUGUUCUUCCGCGCUGCGUGAAGAUGGCCGGGUCCUGCAGAUCAGCGACAAUGGUCAGCCGGAGUACACAAUCCAGCGUCUUCGCCGUGCCGGUUUGACGAAAGGCGCAUCGGUGUUUGUGGCAAAGCUGUCCACCCUACCACAGAAGGUCGUCGCGGUCAAAGUCCUGAGGGCUCAGAGGGUUGACCCCAUCUUCGGUACCUCAACUUCCUGUUGGGACACGGAAAGGCCAACGCGUGUAUUUCCCGGAUGCUAUUUUUACCUCUACAUAGGCCGGUCACUUAUGCCAUUUCACGGAUAUGCCAUGAAUGUGGCCUGGUGGGACGGACCAGAAUCUUCUCCGGCUUCAGCAGCCAGUCUGCUCCUCUUGAUGCAGGCCCGCGGGCAGAUCGCACCACUGCUAUCGCAAGACAGACGUAAGCAUGUGGUGAUGCUCGAGGGGCCAUACGGCCACGAUCUCAGGCUGCAGCAAUACGAGAAUGUCUCACUUGCAGCCAAAGGAGUCGGAAUUGCUGGCAUACUGCCAUAUGCACUCGAUCUCGUGAGCCGUGAAGCGCUCAUGAAGAUCCCUGAAAAGGAUGUCCUAUCGAAGACCUAAUUUGUCGGCAGGCCAUGGAAACUUGUCCCGCGUGUCCAUGGCUGCGUACACAACAUGGAUACCGUCCAUGUUGUGCCGCGCCUCGCGUUUCGAGCCGAGGGGCCUCUUUGAAACCUUCAAGCUUCAGCUUUGCAAUAAGAGCCUACCUACGUUUUCUGCCAGUUCAUUGCUCCUACCUGGCCUCUGUGUGCAUGUGUGCAUCUAGCCGCACGUCGGCUUGACAAGAACGAACAACCACCUGUAGCCUUAAUU